AUGGGCACUGUACUGUCAUUGUCGCCCGGCUCUCGCAAGUCAGGCUACUAUGACAACCGCCCGGGCUCGCUCAGCCACUACCCGAGCAUCAGCAGCCGCUCGCUCAACAGCCAGAAGGACCGCGGGCUGAGGAGGGGCCAGUCCAUCUUCCUCCCGGCGCUCACGUGGAAGCGACUGGUGGCCUCCACCAAGAAGAAGGGCAACUCCAAGAAGGGCCCCGGCUGCCCGGCGGCCCUCGGGGAGCCGCUCAACAACAACAACAGCAUCAACAUCUACCAAAAUGACCCUUUGCUGCACCUCAACCGCGAGAAUGUGAAGAAGUCGUUGUCGUGCGCCAACCUGAGCAGCUACGAGGGCCCAGCGGGACUGGGCCUGGGGCUCGGCUACGGGAUGGGGCUGGGUCAGGGGCACGGAUACGCCUACAGCAAAUCCCAGCUGCUCUCCUCUGUGAAAAAAGUCCCGGUGAACACGGUGACAUCGUCUCCGAAGCGUGUCAUCGUCCAGGCCUCCACCAGCGAGCUCCUGCGCUGCCUGGGGGAGUUCCUGUGCUGUCGCUGCUACCGCCUGAAGCAUCUGUCCCCGGCCGACCCGGUGCUGUGGCUGCGGGCUGUGGACCGCUCGCUGCUGCUGCAGGGUUGGCAGGACCAGGCCUUCGUCACGCCGGCCAACGUGGUCUUCGUCUACAUGCUGUGCCGAGACGUGGUGGACGGCGACCUGGUGGCGUCGGAGCACGAGCUGCAGGCCAUCCUGCUCACCUGCCUCUACCUGUCCUACUCCUACAUGGGCAACGAGAUCUCGUACCCGCUCAAGCCCUUCCUGGUGGAGGCGGGUAAGGAGGCCUUCUGGGACCGCUGCCUCGCCAUCAUCGACGCCACCAGCGCCAAGAUGCUGCGCAUCAACGCAGACCCGCACUUUUUCACACAAGUAUUUGCCGAACUGAAGAGGGAAGGCGGCUGCGGGCCUCAGGAUUACAAUCGGCUGCUGGAUCGGUGA